AUGAAUUUUUCAUCAAAUUCUCAACAACAACCAUCAACAUCAACAUCAUCGCCACUAUUUGCCAUACCAUAUAGAAUGAUAUAUGCAGUAGCAACUGAAGACACUUUAUUCAUAUAUGAUACACAACAAUAUAGCCCAUUAGUGAUGGCAUCUAAACUUCAUUAUCGUACAUUAACUGAUUUAGCCUGGUCAGAUGAUGGAAAUACACUUGUUGUUACAUCCUUUGAUGGUUAUUGUUCUAUAGUGACAUUUGAAGAGGGUGAACUUGGUGAACGGUACCUUGUUGUUGAGGAAAAAUCAGAAUUUCCCAAUAAUGUGGUCAGUGGUACAAAUUUAGAAACUACAAUUGAUCGACAUUAA